GUGCGCAUGGACGGGUGGCCGCAGCCGACAAGUGCGGGGCCGGGCAGUUGGCGUCGCCUGGUGGUCGAGUUUGUGGGGGAGGCAUUCGUACACGAACGUUUGGUGAUUAGGGCCGACCCGAACGGCGGCUCAGCCUGGAUUGCGACGCCUGAUCAGGAUGAGUACGAGGAGGACUACCGUCAUGAUCCCGACAUCGUCGGGGUUACCUUCACGAAUGCUGCAUGCGGCAACAUGAAGAUCUCGGACGAGGCGGUGAUCGCGCCCACGGGCCCGCUCGCGAGCGUGAAGGCGGUGUCGGCCCGCACGCUGCCGUCGGGGAUCACUGUGGCUGUCUUCUUGGAGUGGGUGCCGAUGCAGAAGUCUGCCAGCUUCAGGGAUGACAAGAUUGAUCUCUACGCGUCGGAGGUGAGUGAACGUCGCAUUAUGAAGCCCUGUUUCGAGUCGGUGGACGAGUGCAAGCUGGUCUGCGAGGUUCUGAAGGUGUUGCAGCGCAUCGAUCGGUGUAACCUGCCGAACACGGUAGGGGUCGAGCUGCUGGUGAGGCGCAAGAGUGUGCUGGAGGAAGCGCACGCCUCGUCCCCCAGCAACCCGGACUACAGCGCAGCCAACAUCAUGAUGGACUGGGCCGAGACACUCAUGAGCUACACCGCUAACAGGCUGAAGGACAAGGCGGCGAUCUUAAAGGAAGAGAGGAAGGCAGUCGAUGAGUCCAUGCUCGGGGGAAAGAGUCAGCCCCCGAAGGACAAGGACAAGGGCACCAAGGACUAG